AUGGCGAUUUGGGGUCAGGGUGAUCCUCGGUGGAUUGUGGAAGAGAGAGCUGAUGCAAAAAAUGUUAACAACUGGCAUUGGACGGAAAAAAAUGCUACUUCAUGGUCGAUUGAUUUGAUUAAAAAGCUUUUGCUCAGCCUCAAGAUCGAGAAUGAUGAAUACGUAUGCAGCAUUGUUGAUGUAACGAAGUGCGAGGGAGAGGCUCAUGUGAAUAACAGGAAGGCGAAACUGAUUUUCCUGUAUGAAUGGCACAUCGAAGCCGAUUGGACUGGUGAGUACCCGAGUACCACAUAUUCUGUAGGAAUUCCUUGCUGUGCCCACUUAACCGCAUCCGUAUUUUUCAUCACACAAGUGCGUGAUGAACAGCAGACGGAGGAUCCCAUAGUUGCGAAGACCUGUUGA